UCUCUCUCUCUCUCUCUCUCUCUCUCUCUCUCUCUCUCUCUCUCUCUCUCUCUCUCUCUGCCCCACCCUCAUCUCCCCCAUAUUAAUGCCGGCCGCGCCGUGAACGCUAACAGAGAGAACGACAUCAUACGCUCCUGCAAUACGACGACAUCAUAAAUUAGUCUCCGUUUACAACGUUUCCCCCCCCGCAUCUUGAUCGGCGCUCACUUCCCCGCUCGUAUCUCAAGGUUACGCGAACCGUAGUUCAUCCUGACUACCUAGAGGGAACAUGAUCACUGGUAAUUGACGCUGUCCGGCCAUCUUAUAAGCAUGCCCUCGCCGCCGAGGGCCAUCCAUCGCGACUUCCUGUGGUCGUGAACACCGUAGACUCGAAUUUGAACAUGGCCCUUUUGUAUGGUCUCGCCUUUGCUGGUCUGGCGGCGGCAGCUCUUAAGCCCAACUGCCCUCACUUCACCGACUACGCCGCCACUCCCCACGAGCCCUUCUCCGAGGGCGUCCAUAAGCUCUCCUAUCAACGUCCUGCCCCGGAAUGUCGGACGGCCAGCUUUCCCGAAGUCGAGAAGACCAUCUCCGACAUGAAGACGCUCAUAAAAGACCCGGACCUGUACCGGCUCUUCGAGAACGCCUUCCCAAACACACUCGACACCACCAUAGCCUGGACCGGGUUCGCCGGUGAGGAUCCAGAGGAGGAGCUGAGCUUCAUCAUCACCGGCGACAUCAACGCCGAAUGGCUCAGGGACAGCAGUAAUCAGCUGCAGAGCUACCGUUCCCUACUCGAGCGCAACUCUUCGGCAGGGUCUCUGGCCGCGCUCUACCGCGGGGCCAUCAACUUGCAGGCUCGUUAUGUCCGUUUCGCACCCCAUUGCAAUGCCUUCCAGCCACCAGAGGAAUCCAAUGUGCCUCCCACAAGCAACGGCAGCCCCGACAAAAUAUACCCGGCAUACCCAACCUACUCAUUUUUCGAGUGCAAAUACGAGCUGGACUCCCUGGCCGCGUUCCUCCAGCUCUCCCACGACUACUAUGCUGCCACCGCCGACAAGGACUUCUUCGCCCGCUUCAACUGGUCCAAGGCCGUUGCCGUCCUCCUCAACACGACGGAUGCCCUGCGCGCCGGCACCUACGCCGCCGACGGCACCCUCAACCCGUCGCCCGCCCUCUUCGAGCGCCAGACCACCUCAGCCUCGGAGACGCUCUCCAACCACGGCAACGGCGCGCCCACGCAGGGCGACACGGGCAUGGUCCGUAGCUUCUUCCGCCCCAGCGACGACAGCUGCAUCUACCAGCUCUUCGUGCCCGCCAACAUGAUGUUCUCCCGCUACCUUGACUCGUGCGCCGAGAUCAUGGACGCCAUCGACACGAGCCUCGCCGAGCGCAUGCGCGACUCGGCAGCCACCGUCCGCGAGGGCAUCGAGGCUCACGGCAAGACGACGCACCCCAAGUACGGCGAGAUCUACUCGUACGAAGUGGACGGCUUCGGCAGCCACAACAACAUGGACGACGCAAACAUCCCGUCCCUUCUCUCCGCCCCGCACUACGGCUACCUCUCCGCCCAGGACCCAGUCUACCAAAACACCCGCCGCUUCGUCCUCUCCGCCUCAAACCCUUACCAGAUGCGCGGCCCCGUCCUCAACGCCACGGGCGGCCCGCAUGUCGGGCCCGGCAACGCCUGGCCCAUGGCCCUCAUUGCGCAACUCAUGACCUCGGAUGACGACGACGAGAUCGCUGACGGCCUGCGUCAGCUCGUUGGCUCCACGAACGGGCUUGGUCUCAUCCACGAGUCGGUGAACAGCCAUGACGCCUCACAGUGGACUCGGUCUUGGUUCGCCUGGGCCAAUGGGCUUUUUGGGCAGAUGAUACUGGAUCUCAGGGACAGGAAGCCGCACCUCCUUGAGAGGAGCUACCAGUGAUACAGAUGAACGUAUGCGGGGGGAGUAUGAUGGUGUGGCUAAACGCACAAAAUGUCCAUUCCCGCGAAGCUAGCAGUACGAGUUUAAAUCCACCCGUGCGGUAUUCAUAGAUGAGGCAAUGAGGCAUCUACGACGCGCCCGAACCUCUCAGUAAAGUAGUACGUACUGUGAUUACAUUCAUGUAGAUAAUUAAGCGCAUAUGAUUAAACUGGCAAUUCUCUGAUCUCCAAGGUAUCCAGAUCGAGACAGAUACUUGAUGGG